AUGUCCACCACCACGAUCCAGGAAAUCGCAGAGGCGACCCAAGAGUCCUACACCAUUAAGGAUCUGGUCGACUUCAGCGACCGCCACUACGGCGACUGGCGCGAUGAGUUCCACAAAAACGGCUGCGCCGUUAUCAAGAACGUCAUCAGCCCUGAAAAGGCGAAAUACUACUGCGACAAGCAAGUCCAGUGGUUGAAGAACUUCGAACUGGGCUUUGACGAGAAUGACGAAAGUACCUGGACUGCUGAACAUCUCCCUGUUAGUUUCAAGGGAGGGAUGUACUUUGCCUACGGCUCAACCCACGAGAAAAUGGCAUGGGAAGCGCGCUCAGAGCCCGCCGUGAUUGAUAUCUUCGAGAAGCUCUGGGAGACCAAGGAGCUGCUUUGCUCUUUCGACGGGCUGAACAUCUCGCUUCCCCGUCGUAAGGACCUGAAUUGGAGCCCGUGGCCGCAUUGCGACCAGAACCCUAAUCGGAAGGGAAUGCAAGCCGUUCAGGGAUUACUGAACUUCGCCCCGAACGGCCCCAAGGACGGCGGCCUAAUGCUGAUGAAGGGCUCCGCGAAACUCUUCGACGAGUUCUUUGCGCAAAAGCGCGACGCGUACGACCAUGAGGACGCACCACCCCCCGAGCUCAAGUACAUGGACCUCUUCCUAUUCCACCAGAAGGAUCUCAAAUGGUUUGAGGAGCGGGGCUGUGAGCUCGUGAAGAUCAACAUGGAGCCUGGAGACUUUGUACUCUGGGACUCCAGGACGAUGCACUAUGCCUGCUUGCCUGAGGGAGAUCAGAUCCGCCAUGUGCAGUACGUCUGUAUGACGCCGAAGCGGUUUGCCACGGAUAAGGCGCUGGAGUUGAAGAAGCAGUGCUUUGAGAAUUAUAUGGGCACUACGCACUGGCCGCAUUGCAAUAUUCGUCCUGCGGCGGAGAAACCGCUGAGGAAUGGAGAGGUGUGCCCUAAGUACAGGACGGAGCCGUUUGAAAAGCCCGAGCUGACGGACUCGGUGCUGAAAUUGGCGGGUGUAAAGGCUUACUAG